AUGGCGCCGAAGGAGCAUCAGAAAGUCUCUCUUAGGCAUGUGCUGAUUCUCUUUAGACUAAUCAACUGCUUUUUCGUUCAGUCGUUUUUCCAGCCGGAUGAAUUUUGGCAGUGUUUAGAGCCAGCCCACUACAUGGCCUUUGGUUAUGGUGAUUUAACGUGGGAGUGGAAGUUCGGCCUUCGAAGCUAUGCGAUUCCAUUUAUAUUCGAGCUAGUUUACCGUACGGUUGGAGCUGUUUCCAAGUUUGCAUCAGGUAUUGUAUAUAUGGCUGCCAACAGCUUUGCGGCCCUAGUACACUAUUUAGCGCCAAACUCAGACCUUGGAUGGGAGAUGGCAUUUGAGAUGCAGCAAUUUCCUCGAGAGAUUCAAGAGUUUUUGGAGUACCAAGGUGUUUUGUGGGCCCCAAAGAUUUUUAUGGCUCUUCUUGCUGCUGUGGGUGAAUGGUACAUGAUCGACUUCAUUGAUGAGGUACUUUCUAGGGCUUUUAAUGGAGAUGAGAAAGACAAAGUUAGCAACAAAGCCCACGUCAAAAUCGCCGCUUCCAUUUUAAGUUUGACCAACUUCUUUAACUAUUUCAUGAUUACAAGAACUUUCGCCAACACCUUUGAAAUGGCAUUGACUUCAAUUGCGUUAUAUUACUGGGAUUGGUCAAUGGGCCAAACUAUCAGUAGUAGAGAUUUUACGGUGAGCCUUUUCCUUGGCAUUCUUUUGUGCUUUCAAAGACCAACUAAUGCUCUAAUUUGGGUUCCUCUUGGAACUUACACUGUACUGAAUUUAACACUCAGAAAUGAUACCCAAAACCUACUGAGACUUGGACGCAAGUUAUUUUUUGUUUUCUUCCAGGUCUUUAUAUUGAAUUUGGGGAUUGAUUACUAUUUUUACGGUCAUUUGUCGGUCCCUGCCUACAGAUUCAUCAAGUUCAACUACACAAGCGCUCUGUCAAGCUUCUACGGGACAGCCCCUUGGCAUUUCCACCUGCUACAAACCUUACCACUAAUCUUAGGAUUCUCAAUUCCUUUGUUUGCGUAUGGCUUUUUCUUUAUGAACUUUAAAAAAACCAUUGGUUUCCUGGGUAAUACAGUAACACAAAUUCGAGUAAUUGUUAUUAUUAACGUACUUGCGUUUUCUGCAGUAUCGCACAAGGAAUUUCGGUUUCUCUAUACCCUUCAGCCUUUUUUGACCUUGUUUUCCAGUGCAGCCUUGGGCCGGUUGAUCCCCAAGAUAAAAGAGGUUAAAAACGCUUUAUUGAAGAGCAUAUUAUGGGCCGUGCCCUUUAUAUCAAUCUUUUCCGCAUUGGCUAUCCUGUCCUUUCAAGAGGUUGGUGUAAUUGAAGUAACAAAGUACUUGCACAAUAUUCCAAGAGUACAGAGUGUGGGCUUUAUAAUGCCUUGCCACUCGACCCCAUGGCAAUCUCAUAUUCACCGGAAAGAUAUCGGAGAUCUGUGGUCAAUAACCUGCGAGCCACCUCUCUACUUGUUGAACGACCCACAAGGAAAGAAGAAGCUCUCCGACUACAUGGAUGAAAGCGACUACUUAUAUGAGAACAUCCCCAAGUUUGUGUACAAGAAUUUUCCUCCAGUUUUCAGAAAAGAGCUGCGCUCGCCCGGCAAGGUAUAUACUCAUGAAUGGCCCGAAUACCUCGUGAUUUUUCAACAUCUCGACGAGGAGUUCAUGAAUAAAUUUCUUGAGGAUAGUGGUUACCUUGUUGAAAAGAGAUUUUUCAACUCAUUGAAGCAUUGGGAUUCGAGAAGAUCAGGAGACAUAAUUGUGUACCAUAAGCCGCCCUGGGUAUAA